AGGAAGAGGACGAAGGAGGUGAGGAAGGAUGAGGAGCAGAGGGGAGCAGAAGGAGGACAGCACCACACUCAUUGCCAUGGAAACCAAGCCAGAGAACAACUACGGCGCCAUCACCAUGGUAACAGCGUCUCCUUUGAUUGGCUCACGAGACCGCAUAGAACACACCAAGACCUCUCCGGAUUCAGGAGUGUUUCAGUCAGCGAAGGACUCGCUGCAACUUUAUGAGAUCCUGGCCAGGACUCCGUACGGUAAAGUGAAAACAGGGGAGGUGGGAAUUGACCGACUGCUGAGUGAGCAGGUCUUCACUGCUGCCUACCCACUGCACGAGGGAGGUUUCCAGCUGCCAACGACCCCAGUCCCCCCCACGUCUUUAGGUCUGAGACAGAUCCUGUAUACAUACUGGGCCAAGUGGUCCUGCUUUAGACGCUACCAACCUCUGGAUCACAUUAGAGAGUACUAUGGAGAGAAGAUAGCCCUUUACUUUGCCUGGCUUGGUUUCUACACUGGCUGGCUGUUGCCGGCGUCUAUCGUUGGGCUGUUGAUCUUCUUUAUUGGGUUCUUUCUCAUGGCCACUGAUGUUCCAGCGACAGAAUUGUGCAACAGCGGAAACAGCUUCCUCAUGUGUCCUCUCUGUAACAUCUGCGACUACUGGAACUACUCCAGCAUCUGUGUCACCUACAAGGUGGGUCUCCUGUUUGAUAAUUCAGGGACAGUGUUUCUCAGUGUCUUCAUGUCUCUGUGGGCUGUCACCUUCCUGGAGUACUGGAAGAGAACUUGUUCAGCUCUGUCUCACCGCUGGGACUGCUCUGAAUUCGAGGACAUUGAGGAGCGACCUCGUCCAGAGUUCACAGCCAUGGCGCCGAUGACCAUGAGGAACCCGGUGACCGGAGCAGAGGAACCUUACUUUCCUGAAAAUAAGCGACUCAACAGAACUCUGACUGGCUGCAUGGUCAUCAUCAUCAUGAUUGUUGUGGUGCUGAUUUUCCUCAUCGGAAUCAUUCUGUAUCGCACCAUCCUCCGAAUCAUCAUCUCCAAGUCUGGCAACAGCUUUGUCAGUUUCUCUGCCGGGAGGAUAGCCAGUCUUUCAGGAUCUGUGUUGAACCUGUUGGUCAUCCUCCUGUUGUCCAGGGUUUACAUCUCACUGGCUCACAUCCUCACCCGCUGGGAGAUGCAUCGGACUCAGACUAAAUAUGAAGACAUGUUCAUCUUUAAAGUAUUCAUCUUCCAGUUCGUCAACUUCUACUCGUCUCCAGUUUACAUCGCCUUCUUCAAAGGCAGGUUCGUUGGUUACCCUGGAAACUACCACACUCUGUUUGGAAUACGCAAUGAAGAGUGCGGAGCAGGCGGAUGUCUCAUUGAACUGGCUCAGGAGCUGCUGGUCAUCAUGGUGGGAAAACAGCUGAUCAACAACGCCCAGGAGUUCAUUUUACCGAAGUUGAAGUCUUGGUGGCAGAAGAGGAAGAUAAGUCCUCGGGUUAAGAAGGUGAAGAAAGACGAAGCGAAGGAGGCUCAGAUGGAGGUGAAGACAGGGGAAGAAGAGGAGGCUCAGAAGGAGGUCCAGGGAGAGGAAGAGGAGGAGGUUCCACCCUGGGAGGCAGACUACCAACUGCUGGUCUGUGAGGGACUCUUUAGCGAAUACUUGGAAAUGGUGAUUCAGUUUGGUUUCAUCACCAUCUUCGUGGCGGCGUGUCCUCUCGCUCCGUUCUUCGCCCUUGUCAAUAACUGGGUGGAGCUUCGUUUGGACGCCCAGAAGUUUGUGACGGAAUAUCGCCGCCCGGUGGCGGAGCGAGCUCAGGACAUUGGCAUCUGGCUUCCCAUCAUGCAGUUCAUCACAAACAUAGCCGUCCUCAGCAACGCGUUCCUCAUCGCGUUCACCUCGUCCUUCCUGCCUCGAGAAUACUACAGCUACACCAGAAACAAAACACUGAGCGGCUUCAUCGACUUCACUCUGGCAACAUCACCGCACAACUAUAGCCUGCAACACACACCCUGCAGGUAUCGGGGUUUCAGGGAUGAACAUGGUGAACACCUGCCCGACUACUUUCACCUCCUCGCCAUACGACUCAGUUUUGUCAUCGUGUUUGAGCAUGUGGUCUUCUUCAUCGGCCGUCUGAUCGACAUGAUGGUCCCUGACAUCCCCGAGGAGGUUGAGAUGAAGAUAAAGAGGGAGCAUUACAUGGCUAAAGAGGCGCUGGCUGAGAACCAGUCUUUGGGGACAGUCCCGUUUCCUGGUGAGAAUGACGCCCUGUCCGAUGGCCUGCGACAUCGUGGAUCCAGACCACCAGCACAGAGCAACUCGCCUCCACUAAACCUGACGGACAUCCCAGAAGAACCUGAUUUACUGGGCAAAUGAUAUACAGUAUAGCACACAUGAACUGUCUGCCCACUACCUCGACAUCUACUAGACUGAGCUUCUCUUUUUGAUCAACCUCUCUGGCAGAUAUACAAGACCACUGUGAGACCACUAGAUUACAGGAACUGUGCUGAACCCUUACAGGCACUGCAAGGACUUUGAAAAACCUGCAAAAUGUAGAUCUACAAGGCCUCUGCUAGACUUACAGGAACUACCAGACUGAUAAACCUUUACAGGAUCCAGUAGGUGGAUAGCAGAGAGAUGGCAGUGGGGUUGUUGAUUUGAAUAUGUUAGUCUGCCUGACUCAUUCAUCCUUUAUCUGACUGAGGUUUGUGCAAGUUAGACUAUGGUCUCGAUCAUGUCCCUGUAGUAUCAGUAACUGUGCUGAGAAUUGAUAAAUCCUUUGGUGCUGAAGAAGCAGACUGAUUUGUAAAUUCACCAUUUUCCCGUCUUGAAUGUAUGAUAUAAACUAUAUAUUAUAAAUAUUCUAUUCUAUACUGCUGCCUGUAGUAGUUCCUCAAUAUUUUUAUGAUCAUUCAGUAGCGUCUGUGCUGCUGAAAAUCCUCCCUGAAACCAAAACACCUCUGUAACAGAAUGCAGACAACAUGAUAAAUGAUAAACAAUAAAGGAUAAAUACACAUAGAGAUCAAUAAGAAAAUCACUAUAAUAAGAACCUCUAGAAUAAAUAAUAAAAAUGCAGGUAAAACAAGAAGAACUUGGAUAACUGAUAAUUCUUGGAUUUGAGCUCUCUAGCUCUGUAGAAACACUUCUACAUUUUUAGAAUUAACAGGACACUGACCCUGUCCUGCUAAUACAAAAUGUCCACCUAGUGUCGGUGUGUAUUCAUAUUAAAUGUCCUCUAGAUGCACAAA